AGGCUUUUUUUUUUUUUUUUCAUGGUCAUAUUAUCUAAAAAUAAUAAUAGCUGCAGUUUCUUGGAAUUUGUUUGGAAGUGUCUGGUUCUGUCUGAUGGUGGAGACAGGAUCCUGGAGUGGGUGAAGUUCUGAUCUGGAUGCUCCCAAAGUUUCCCUUGUUGCAGUGUGUAAUUAUUUAAAUGUUUAUUUAGGAGGUUGUUUUAAUACUCUCCUCUUUCCUGAAACUCUUCCCCCUCUGGGAUAGAGGGAAUCUAUUUUCUGGUAGAGUAGAGAGACAGAGAAAUGUCAGAAGGAAAAAUUCAAGUAUGGCAAUUAAAUUUAUCCUCAUGAUCCCAUGCGAAGUCUCCUGACUUUUGUUUUUAAGGCUCCUGACGUUUGUUUUUAAGUUCUCUUGUGGAGUCCCACAGACAUUUAAGGACAGUGAGUUUUAAUUCCCUUUCUUCACUUGAUGAUUACAUUGAUUGAAUUGUAAAAUCCAAUAAAUACAAUCCACUAAAUGGUGUUAACAAUAACCUGACAACAGAAGUGAGAAAACAGAAAAAUUGACCAUAUUUUAAUUUUCAUCUAGUAUGUAAUUUUACUUUUAAUAUCCUAGCAGCAGCUACUCUAUUUCCUAUUUUAUACUUUAUUUCCUGACUUUAUACUCAUUGUAAUUUUCCUCUAAAUACCCAGCCCUUGCUUACAAAUCACAGGACAGGGUAAAUAUUGUUUUCUAGGUUGUCUUUGGAGACUGGAGCUGGGAGUAAAACCAUAUGAGGAGAUCAAAACCCCAUUGAAGGCAGCAGAAUAAAUCCAGUCUGGAGGAGUGUCAGACAAAGGCAGGAACAGCUGGAUCAAGUAAAGCACGAGGAAAAUUGCUUCCAUCCCUAGGGGGAGGGAGAAAGAUUUGUUUUGUCAGCCCAGAGCUGUGUGGGACCAACUUCAGCCGAUGAAAGUUUGGAUGUCAGAGUGAGGGAGGGCUCAGAAGGUGCCAGAGGGAGGGGAAGGAGGAGAGGGCUCUGCAGAAAGUGAGGGAAGGGAAGGGAAGGAGGUGGAGUAAUCCUGCAGAAUCUGAGCUGCUGUCCUCAGCUCUGGGGAUGUAAACUGAUGAGGUCAUAGUGUUUUCCAGUUACAGAAAGGAAAGUUAAAGGGGAAAAAAAAAAGAAAAAAAAAAAGUCUUCAACUUGUUUUUCAAGAGAGGCGAAAACUCUGAGAAGCCGAAGAAAUGGAGCAACUUGUGAAACUCCUCCUGUGGCAGAUUUUGCUUCAGCAAAGUUCUGUGUGCUCAUAUUCAGUCCCAGCUGAUGCCUCCAACCCCAGCAGCGUGGUGGUGUCUGUGCUGAACAUCAGCGCUGCCCUGGGCUCCCAGGCCGUGCUGCCCUGCAAGAGCCACCGCAUGGUUUGGACCCAGGACCGCCUCAACGACCGGCAGCGCGUGGUGCACUGGGACCUGCUCAGCUCCUACUAUGGGGACAGCAGGAUGGAGAGGCUCUGUGACAUGUACUCAGCUGGGGACCAACGUGUCUACAGCUCCUACAACCAGGGCAGGAUCCUCAUGCCCGAGAAUGCCUUUGCAGAUGGGAAUUUCUCGCUGGUGAUCAAAGGUGUUGCAGAGAGUGAUGCAGGCACAUACUCCUGUAACCUUCACCAUCACUACUGCCACUUGUAUGAAACUGUGAAAAUCCAGCUGGUCAUCGCCAAGAAAGCAGGCGAGGAGGCCAGCGAGUACUGGGACGGCGAGAAGCCGGUGCUGGUGGCCCCGGAGGGCAGCACGGUGACGCUGCCGUGCGUCAACCGCCAGCACAUCUGGACGGAGCGGCACAGCGAGGAGGAGCAGCAGGUGGUGCACUGGGACCGGCAGCCCCCAGGCGUGCCCCAGGACCGCGCUGACCGCCUGGUGGACCUGUACGCGUCCGGCGAGCGCCGCUCCUACGGGCCCCUGUUCCUGCGGCAGAAGAUGAACGUCACCCGCGGCGCCUUCGCCCUCGGAGACUUCUCGCUGCGCAUCUCCCACCUGGAGAGCGCCGACGAGGGCACCUACUCCUGCCACCUGCACCACCACUACUGCGGGCUGCACGAGCGCCGCAUCUACCACGUGGCCGUGACGGAGCCGGAGAGGGAGAGGAAGGUGGUGAACAUCACCACGCACAGCGUGGUCCCUGCUGCAGAUCCAAACGUGGUCAGGGGCCACAAUGUCAUCAAUGUCAUCAUCCCUGAGAGCAGGAUGCACUUUUUCCAGCAGCUGGGCUACAUCCUGGCCACUCUGCUGCUCUUCCUCGUCCUCCUCAUCAUCGUGGUGCUCGUCACCCGCAGGCGCCGGCAGAGGGGUUAUGAAUACAAUGUGAAGAAAUAUGGAGAGAAGGAUGUGAAUCUUAAAGAAUUCACAGUGGACACGACAGAUCUGACCCCACAGAAAAGUGAAGACAUCAGGCUGGAUUAUAAAAACAACAUCCUGAAGGAGAAAGCUGAGCAAGCCAGAAGCUUCCCAGCAAAGAACAUUGAUUUAGACAAAGAUUUCAGAAAGGAAUAUUGUAAAUGAAGACACUGCCAAGCUGCUGGCUGGACCAGAAGCUUCCAUCCAAGAUAGAUAAUGUGGAAGAGAGAUGCCUUUUCUUAAUUCCAUCUCCCUCCAAUUCCCACAGAACUUUUUCCACAUCCACUUUUUCUGUACCCCACACAAGGGUGCAAAUGCUUCAUGCAAGAGUUAAACUGCCUUGUGUGCAUUUAUGGGGUUGGGUUGCCUUUUUCUUCCUCUGUUCUCCCAAUCCUCCCUCCCCCUUUUCUUUCUUGACAAUUAUUGUUGGAUUUUAUGCAUCGAUGAUUUUUAUGAGCUGAAUCAGCAGAGGUUUUGCUUUGAUGUUAUUGCUUUAAAUAAAACCACCUGCAUUGCUAUUCCUGA